AUGUCCACGCCGCAAUCAGCCCGCUCUCUCGGGAAGGUGCUAGUCGUCGGAGGCUGCGGCUUCUUAGGCAGUCACAUCGUAAACCUCAUCCUCAAGCGACACCCUGAUACACAAAUUUCGGUCCUCGAUUUGCGAACCAAUUCGAACCGCAACGCUAGCCCCAGCGUCUCGUACCAUGAUGGCGACAUCACAGACGCUGAAGCGAUCAAAUCGCUCUUCGCCAGCAUCAAGCCAGAUUCCGUGAUACACACUGCCUCCCCGCAUUUCAACGCGCCGCCGGCGAUCCACGAUAAAGUCAACAUAGACGGAACCAACAAUCUGCUGAAGGCGUCACAAGAGACGGGAGUGAAGGUUUUCGUGUAUACUAGCACGGCCAGCGUCAUACUGGGCCCCAAUACGGAGCUCGUGAAUGCGGAUGAGCGAUGGCCCUUGGUCACAGGGGACGCGCAGCCAGAGCACUACACCACCACAAAGGCAUAUGCCGAGACGGCCGUGCUCGAGGCGAACCGAACACCUGCAGGAUUCCUUACAUGCUCCAUCCGCCCCGCAGGCAUAUUCGGCGACGGCGAUAUCCAGACACUCCCACCAAUGGUGGGUGCGUACCGCAGGGGCCAGACAAAGUUUCAGGUUGGCGACAAUAACAACCUUUUCGACUUUACCUACGUUGAAAACGUGUGCCACGCGCACCUCCUUGCCGUCCAAGCUCUUCUCCACACGCACAAGAUACUGCCGACCAUCCCACUAGAUUCCGAGCGUGUCGACGGCGAGGUAUUCUUCAUUACGAACGGACAACCGGCGUACUUCUGGGAUUUCGCCAGGGCUGUGUGGCAUGAGGCCGGCGACAGGCGACCCCUUUCGGGAGUGUGGCGCCUUGACAAGGAUUUCGCAUUUGCGGUUGGCGCGAUAUUCGAAUGGGUGUUUUGGUUUCUUGGGAGAACUCCAAAUGUAACAAGACAGCAGGUCAGAUAUAGCACUUUCCCAAAGUACUACAACAUCGACAAGGCGAGGCAGCGGCUGGGCUACAGCCCGAUUGUCGAUCUUGACGAGGGCGUUCGGAGGGGCGUUCGACACAUAUUGGAGAAGGAGGAGCAGGAGAGGCAGAAGAAGGGGCAGUAA